CACCUUCUAUUUCUUUCUUCUAUAUAUUCUGAGAGAAGUAGUAAUAAAAUCAGGUUUAUAUAGACACAACACAGACUAAUAUAUAUAUAUAUAUGGAAGGAAUAUCAGAGAUAAAGCUGGGAAGCUCACUUCCAGUACCUCUGGUUCAGGAGCUAGCCAAAGAGAUUAUCAACACAGUCCCACAGAGAUACCAACGUCCUGAUCAAGACCCUCCUUUCAACACCAUUAAUAACACUUCUUCUUCUUCUUCUUCUUCUUCUUCACAACUACUCAUCCCAGUCAUCCACUUCAACAACUUUCUUUCUUCAGACAAGUUCCUCAUGGAAUCAGAACUCCAAAAGCUUCACUUAGCUUCCAAAGACUGGGGUUUUUUCCAGUUGGUGGAUCAUGGGGUGAGCCCUUUAUUGGUGGAGGAUGUUAAAUCAAGAAUUAAAGAAUUUUUUGAUAUGCCAAUGGAAGAGAAGAACAAGUUUAGGCAACAAAGUGGGAAGUUGCAGGGAUUAGGGCAAGCUUUUGUGGUGUCUGAAGAGCAAAAGCUUGAUUGGGUAGACAUGUUCUUUGUGGUCACACAGCCAAAGCACUUGAGAAAACCUCACUUGUUACCCAACUUACCUCUCCUUUUCAGAGAAACCCUUGAAGCUUACUCAACAGAACUAGAGAAAGUUGCCAAGAAAUUGCUUGACUUCAUGGGAAAAGCUCUAGGAAUGGAGCCUAAUGAAAUGAACAAGUUACUUGGAGAAGGAUGGCAAUCUAUGAGGAUGAACUACUAUCCGCCAUGUCCCCAACCAGAGCUUGUGAUCGGCUUGAACCCUCACUCGGACCCCGUAGCCCUCACCAUUCUUCUUCAAAUCAAUGAAAUGGAAGGUCUUCAAAUAAAAAAAGAUGGGAUUUGGAUCCCUGUCAAACCACUUCCUAAUGCUUUUAUUGUCAACAUUGGAGACAUGAUAGAGAUUAUAUCGAAUGGAAUUUAUCGUAGUAUCGAACAUCGUGCAACGGUUAACGAAGAAAAAGAGAGGCUUUCCAUAGCCACAUUCUAUGGUCCAAGCUUGCAUGGUGACCUAGGUCCAACACCAAGCCUUGUAACACCAAAGACACCAGCACAAUUUAAGAGAAUUCAUGUUACAGAUUACUUUAGGGGUGUUUUUGCACGUGAACUUCGAGGUAAAUCCUAUAUUGAUGUGAUGAGGAUUGAUCCCAAAGAAGAAGGGUCAGCAUGAUCUUGUCUAAAAUACCAAAAUCUUAUCUAAGAAGUAGUUGAAUAAGAGUGUUUUGGGUUUUGUUAUAUGUAAUGUUGUUAUAUUAUCUUGCUUUCUGUUUACAUUUUGGUUUGUUGUCAAAACAAUGGCUCCAAUAAUAUAUAUUUCAAAAACUUUUAUAUACCAAAUUUCAUGUUUUCC